GACGGUCUGCUGACCGGAUGGGAAAACUUUCUCCCUGACUUUUUCCUCCCUCUGUCUGGCAACCGGGGUCUGACUUUCGCGUGCGUUUUCUUUGCGUCCAGAAGCGUUAUUUCGGGUCGACGCGUUUUAGAGCGCGCGUGAUGAAGUGAUCUGCAGACGUUUCUCCGGAGUUUGUAGCGUCAGAGAGAAGCUGGUCAUGGGGAACCGCGGGAUGGAGGAGCUGAUUCCUCUCAUUAACAAACUGCAGGACGCGUUCAGCUCCAUCGGACAGAGCUGUAACCUGGAGCUGCCGCAGAUCGCGGUGGUGGGCGGCCAGAGCGCCGGGAAGAGCUCGGUGCUGGAGAACUUCGUGGGCAGGGAUUUUCUGCCGAGAGGAUCUGGCAUCGUCACUCGCAGGCCUCUGAUUCUCCAGCUAGUCAACAGUAAAGCAGAAUAUGCCGAGUUCCUGCACUGCAAGGGACGGAAGUUUGUGGACUUUGACGAGGUUCGUCUGGAGAUCGAGGCUGAGACGGACAGAAUCACCGGAUCUAAUAAAGGGAUCUCUUCUGUGCCCAUCAACCUACGAGUGUACUCACCCAACGUGCUGAACCUGACUCUGAUCGAUCUUCCCGGUAUGACCAAGGUGGCUGUGGGAGAUCAGCCGGUGGACAUCGAGUAUCAGAUCCGAGACAUGUUGCUGCAGUUCAUCUCUAAAGAGAACUGCCUGAUCCUCGCCGUCACGCCGGCCAACACCGACCUCGCCAACUCCGACGCGCUGAAGAUCAGCAAAGAGGUGGAUCCUCAGGGUCUGCGUACCAUCGGUGUGAUCACUAAACUGGACCUGAUGGACGAAGGAACCGACGCCAGAGACAUCCUGGAGAACAAGCUGCUUCCUCUCCGCAGAGGUUAUGUUGGUGUGGUGAACCGCAGUCAGAAGGACAUUGAUGGCAGGAAGGACAUAAAAGCUGCACUUGCUGCUGAGAGGAAGUUCUUCCUGUCCCAUCCGGCGUACAGACACAUGGCCGAGAGAAUGGGUACACCAUACCUGCAGAAAACACUCAACCAGCAACUGACGAAUCACAUCCGUGACACUCUUCCGGCGCUGCGCAGCAAACUUCAGUCUCAGCUGCUGUCUCUGGAGAAGGAGGUGGACGAGUACAAGAACUUCAAACCAGACGAUCCGGCGCGUAAAACCAAAGCCCUGCUGCAGAUGGUGCAGCAGUUCGGCGUGGACUUCGAGAAGCGGAUCGAGGGAUCUGGAGAUCAGGUGGACACUCUCGAGCUCUCCGGCGGCGCCAGAAUCAACCGCAUCUUCCACGAGCGCUUCCCGUUUGAGCUCGUUAAGAUGGAGUUUGAUGAGAAGGAGCUGCGGAGGGAGAUCAGUUACGCCAUCAAGAACAUUCAUGGAGUCAGGACGGGGCUCUUCUCCCCUGACCUGGCCUUUGAGGCCAUCGUGAAAAAGCAGAUAGUUAAACUGAAGGAGCCGUGCCUCAAGUGUGUGGAUCUGGUGGUAUCUGAGCUCGCCACACUCAUCCACAAGUGCACUGAGAAGUUGAACUCGUAUCCUCUACUGAGAGAAGAGACGGAGAGAAUCGUCACCACCUACAUCAGAGAGAGAGAAAGCAAAACUAAAGACCAGGUGAUGCUGCUGAUCGACAUCGAGCUCUCCUACAUCAACACAAACCACGAGGACUUCAUCGGUUUCGCCAACGCACAGCAGCGGAGCGCAACUGUCACUAAGAAGAGAGCCAUGCCCAACCAGGUGAUCAGACGCGGUUGGCUCACCAUCAACAUCAGCAUAAUGAAGGGCGGAUCUAAAGGCUACUGGUUCAUCCUGACCGCAGAGUCUCUGUCCUGGUACAAGGAUGAGGAGGAGAAAGAGAAGAAGUUCAUGCUUCCGUUGGAUAACCUGAAGCUCAGGGACGUUGAGAAAGGCUUCAUGUCCACCAAACACACCUUCGCCAUCUUCAACACCGAGCAGAGGAACGUGUAUAAAGACCUUCGGCAGAUCGAGCUGGCCUGCGAUUCUCAGGAGGAAGUGGACAGCUGGAAAGCCUCCUUCCUGCGGGCGGGAGUCUAUCCCGAGAAAGACCAGGUGGAGAACGAGGACGGCGCUCCGGCCGAUUCCCUCUCCAUGGAUCCUCAGCUGGAGCGGCAGGUGGAGACCAUCCGGAACCUGGUGGACUCCUACAUCGGCAUCGUCAACAAGAGCAUCCGAGACCUGAUGCCCAAGACCAUCAUGCACCUGAUGAUCAACAGCGCCAAGGAGUUCAUCUACUCGGAGCUGUUGGCGUAUCUGUACUCGUCUGGCGAUCAGAGCAGUCUGAUGGAGGAGUCGGCCGAACAGGCUCAGAGACGUGACGAGAUGCUCCGCAUGUAUCACGCUCUCAAAGAGGCGCUGCACAUCAUCGGAGACAUCAGCACCAGCACCGUUUCUGCACCUGUCCCUCCGCCGGUGGACGACACCUGGAUCCACACCGACCCCAGUCCUCCAUCACAGCAUAAACCAUCCUCGGGCACGGCUCCGCCCCCUGGACGUCCCCCUGCAGUACGAGGCCCCACCCCUGGCCCGCCUCCUCUUAACCCCUCCCCUGCGUUCGGAGCUCCGCCCGUUCCAUCCAGGCCCGGCCCUCCAGUCAGCGCUAAUGCAUUUGGGAGUGGCACGCUGGAGGCUCCACCCCCUCAGGUGCCAUCCCGCCCCGCCCGGGUGCCGCCCACUCUUCCUCCCGGCAUACCCAGCAGGAGGCCUCCAGCCGCUCCGAACCGGCCCACCAUCAUCAGACCCUCAGAACCAUCUCUGCUGGACUGAAGAGAUCCAGAGCAGAGCGAGCUUUAACACAGACAACACCAAAGGAGAAUCACACAUAGACACACACAGACACACACACACACACACAGACACACACACACACACACACACACACACACACAGAGACACACACACACACACACACACACACACA